AUGAUGGGAGAAGAGGAGGAAGAGAACAAUCUAGAAGUCCGGGAAACCAAAAUUAAGGGCAGAAGCGGGAGAUUCUUCCUGGUCAAGCUCCCCGUCGCCCUUGACCCCGGGGCCAAGAUGUCCCUCGUGGUGGAGACCGUGUACACCCACGUGCUUCAGCCCUACCCGACGCAGAUCACGCAGUCGGAGAAGCAGCUGGUGGUGUUCGAGGGCAACCAUUAUUUCUACUCCCCCUACCCCACCAAGACCCAGACCACGCGCGUCAAGCUGGCCUCGCGCAACGUGGAGAGCUACACCAAGCUGGGCAACCCCACGCGCUCGGAGGACGUGUUGGACUAUGGGCCUUUCCAGAACAUUCCUGCCUACAGUCAGGAUCCCUUCAAAGUCCACUACGAGAACAACAACCCGUUCCUGACCAUCACCAGCAUGACCCGGGUCAUCGAGGUCUCCCACUGGGGGAACAUCGCCGUGGAGGAGAACGUGGACCUCAAGCACACGGGCGCCGUGCUCAAGGGGCCCUUCUCCCGCUACGACUACCAGCGGCAGCCCGACAGCGGCAUAUCCUCCAUCCGCUCCUUUAAGACCAUCCUGCCCGCUGCCGCCCAGGACGUGUACUACCGGGAUGAGAUCGGCAACGUGUCCACCAGCCACCUCCUCAUCCUGGACGACUCUGUGGAGAUGGAGAUCCGGCCUCGCUUCCCCCUCUUCGGGGGAUGGAAGACCCACUACAUCGUCGGCUACAACCUCCCGAGCUACGAGUACCUCUAUAACUUGGGCGACCAGUACGCUCUCAAGAUGAGGUUCGUGGACCACGUGUUCGACGAGCAGGUGAUCGACUCCCUCACGGUGAAGAUCAUCCUCCCGGAGGGCGCCAAGUGAGUGCCCGUCCCCCUGUCACCUGCCUCCUCCCGGCUCCCCCUGGUGCCUAAACCACGGGCCGAGUCCGGGGCAUAGUAGAUGCUCAUCAAACAGCUUUGACUGAGUGACGCGCACGCCACGUCCUGCGGGGUGCACUACACCUUCAACAAGGUGCUGAUGCUGCAGGAGCCUUUGCUGGUGGUGGCCGCCUUCUACGUCCUCUUCUUCACCGUCAUCAUCUACGUGCGCCUCGACUUCUCCAUCACCAAGGACCCGGCUGCGGAGGCCAGGAUGAAGGUGGCCUGCAUCACGGAGCAGGUCCUGAGCCUGGUGAACAAGAGGCUGGGCCUCUACCGCCACUUCGACGAGACCAUCAACAGGUACAAGCAGUCGCGCGACGUGUCCACGCUCAACAGCGGCAAGAAGGGCCUGGAGACGGAGCACAAGGCCCUGAGCAGCGAGAUCGCCCUGCUGCAGUCGCGCCUCAAGACCGAGGGCUCCGACCUCUGCGACCGGGUGAGCGAGAUGCAGAAGCUGGACGCGCAGGUGAAGGAGCUGGUGCUCAAGUCGGCCGUGGAGGCCGAGCGCCUGGUGGCCGGCAAGCUCAAGAAGGACACCUACAUCGAGAAUGAGAAGCUCAUCUCAGGGAAGCGACAGGAGCUGGUCACCAAGAUCGACCACAUCCUGGACGCCCUGUAGCCCUGCUGCCCCGAGCCUGGGCUGGUGGAGGCUGGGGAGGGAGGCUGAGGACUGGCCUCGAAGAGGCCGCCAACUGUCAUUUGCUAAAGGUCUUCAGGGAAGAGAAGCCGGCUCUGCCUCAGGCACUGCAAGAAGCUGUCCCCUGUCCCUAAAUUACUCCUUUUUCUUUUUUUUUAAACUUUCAAAAGAAUCUUAUUAAACCCCGGAUGUUUGUGUUUUGAACAAAA